ACCAACUACUGAAAGAAAGCUUCCAUACUCGUAGCAAUUAAUUCGACUUAGCACUUGUUCCUGCGCACCAUCGUCUCUACCGCCAUUUCGGUUGAGGUUCUCGUUCCUGGUCUCGUCGGUCCUGUUCGAUCCCUAAUACCUUCCUCCUGACAUACGACUAAUUCGACCUUGGUCAGGUCCCUUUUCCUCAACCACCUCCCACCAUGGCACCCAUCACGGACGAAAUGGUCGCCGACUUAAAAGACAAAUAUCACAAGCUAGAAGCUCGAGUAUGGGAGCUCGAGGGCCGGUUGGCAGCUGAUGGUGGCAAGCAAUCUAAAGCCGAGUCGAUGCGCAUGAUUCUCAUGGGCCCUCCCGGCGCAGGAAAGGGAACACAAGCUCCCCGAAUCAAAGAGAAGUACUGCAUCUGUCAUCUCGCCACGGGCGACAUGCUUCGAGCACAAGUCGCGAAGAAGACGCCUCUGGGAAGAGAAGCCAAGAAGAUCAUGGAUCAGGGAGGCCUAGUCAGCGACGAUAUCAUGAUCAACAUGAUCAAGAACGAGCUGGAAACGAACAGAGAAUGUGCUAAUGGCUUCAUUCUCGAUGGCUUCCCUCGGACGGUCGCACAGGCUGAAGGACUUGACAAAAUGCUCGUAGCCGAGAGCAAACCUCUGAAACAUGCGAUCGAACUACAAAUUGACGACGGCCUACUGGUCUCGCGCAUCACUGGCCGCCUGGUUCACCCUGCCUCUGGCCGAACGUACCACAAAGUCUUCAACCCACCCAAGGAAAACAUGAAGGACGAUGUUACCGGCGAGCCGUUGAUCCAGAGAACAGAUGACAACGCGGACACUCUUAAGAAGAGAUUGGGAACAUAUCAUCAACAGACCGCCCCAGUCGUGGGCUACUACAAGACCAAGGGUAUUUGGUCUGGCAUCGAUGCCAGUCAGGAUCCUGAGCAUGUCUGGAAGAGCAUUCUUGGUGUCUUCGGAGAUUCAAAGGCUGCUUCACCAUCUAGCAAAAUCCUGAGCAAGAUUGGAUUGGCACGAUAGUGGAGAAGUUCCAGGGGCUCAAGAGCAGCACAAAAGUGGAUGAUACUGCGUACUGCAUCUGGUUCCGUCCUGUCGAACUCCGGCUGGAAUGCAACAGGAAAGAGUCUCAACACUUGGGCCUUGUUUGCAGACGUGUACAAGAUAUGGGAAUCUUUUUGGAGCCACAAAAGAAAUUCUGGGUCUGGUGAGUGGAAAUGCGCACAAUGUCCUAACUGGAGUACAUAGCUUGCGCCUAUCGCGAGACGAAUCAACGCAGCCUUAUUCAGACAUCGAUAACUCCUAUUCCUUGGUAUUCAAGGGGAAAGCCAUCCGUUUGAACAACCGUGAAAUGGGUCACUGUCGUCUCGAUACUGUUGGACGUGUUCUGUCUUACGUAAGCUCUUCGGCAGACCGGCAUCAAGGCCGACAACAAUGAUAUGGGAGCGGCUAUUGGAUUGAAACCUUCCGAGCUGGAUUCGACUUCCCCUCAGGAGAACAAAGAAGAGAUGUUUGUGUAUGGCUGAAUUGAUAUCAGGCUGAAUAUGUCGUGCAGCGGAU